AAGGUGAGACGGUGUCACUAGAGACGGGUGCGCGAAGAGCACCAUUUCUAACCUGCGAGUCACUUUUUUCGUGCGUCCCGCCGCGUUUUGGUUUUUUAAACCGUGUUUCGUGUUUGCCCUCCUCUCUCUCCCCCGCCCAGUGUUUCCAGGUGGUCCCUCACGGAGUCGGCCCCCAUCCCUCGCCGCCGAAACAAGUGUCGGAUGUACUAAAUAGUUUGGUGUGUGUGAGUGUGUGUUCUACCUCCGAAAAAGUGCCGAGCCGAUGAUAUAACGGGAAAAUAAAGAAAUAAAGAAUCGAGUAAAGCGAAAACGACGGGCCGAAAAUCAAUCAGCGACACGAAACACCUGUUGCUCCUUUUUUCUACUUUGUUUUGCUUUGUGGAUGUGUUUUAAACCUGAUCUUUCUUAAGCCCAGUCCGGUUGCGCUCUCCUUUCAACUACCUGUGGAUAAGUUUGUGCUGGAUUAGCUGAUUGUGCUGUCAAUUUUUUUCACCUGAUCCAUCCUCGAAUCCAGCUUAUCAAUGGUGAUGUGCCGUUUGGAAGUUCGAGAAAAAAGAUAACUCCGCAAAUUCUACAUUUUCUCAAUCGAUGGCCGGGGUAGGGGUGUCCUGAAUGCGACGGCGGCAUGUUGGUGAUCGUGCUGUCUCUUCUGGUGUGCUGGUGUGCAGCUGAAGGUCUCGAGAGCCCGACGGAUCAGUUCCAGACGUGGUUGCUCAUCGAGGACCAAAUCCCCACCGGCGACAUUGCGGUCCGCAGGAUCACCCCCAAGUCCGUCUUCAUCGCGCCGCCGAUCAACAAAUGCCCAGAGGGCUACCGCACCGACCAGAUGGGCCGCUGCGUGAAGAUCGUCAAGCUCGACCCGGCCAACCAGUGGGAGUUCUUCCUCCAGAAGCUCAACUCCAUGUUCGGCACCUUCCCCCCGGAGCCGGCGCCCCCUAGCGCCAGCGCCAACUCCGUGCCCAGCAGCAACGAGGAGGACCGAGGCCCCUUCCAGUUCUCCAUCCCCCUCAUGAAACAGAACAGCUCCGCCAAAGAAACCACCCCCUCCUCACCCCCGCCCACCGAGGCCCCCACCACCAGUGUUACCCCACCCACCAGCUCCCAACCCCCGAGUCCAAGCAUCAGCCUCCAGCUCAGCUCCACCCCGGAGAGUGAUCUGCCCACAACCGUAAGCGAAUUCAGCGAUGUAAAUACCUACAUAGUCACCACAGACUCACCCGAUACCGAGGGCGAUACCACUGAAUAUCCCAUCGCCACAGAUGAGAGAACAACGACCAAUAUCACCAUUGCCAAUGGGAGCAGCCACCUGGCUCCAAGUAAUAGUAGUGGCUCAAACUCAAGUAGUAUAGACAGUAGUUACAGCACCGCUACAAUCAGUAGCAUAAUCGGCGCCUAUAGCUCAGCGCCCGGAAGCAACAGUCAGAACUCCGCUUCCAACGUGUAUCAUACAUCACCCGUCGCCAGCAGCGGCAAUAGCAUAGUUUACCAAACAUCACCGAUAAGUAGCAGUAACACUGCCUCAGUAGCCACCAGCAGCAACAGCUAUAACUCGGCCCCCAUAAAGAUCGGCGGCAGCAGCUAUAACAUCGCUCCGAUUCGCACCAGUGGCAUCUUCCACCGGAGCCCGAUCGGUAGCAGCGCCGCGUACAACACGGCGCCCAGCAGUAGCAGUAAUUUGUACAACACGGCGACCGCCAGCAGCAACGUGUACAACACGGCCCAGAGCCCGUCCAACAGCGGUCCUUACGACGUUUCAUCCAGCAGUGCGAGCGGUUACAACACGGCUCCAGUGAGAAGCAGUAAUAUCUACAACCUACCGGCCGGUAGCGGGUACAACACGGCGUCCUUCAGCAACUCCUACCAGCAACCGCCGGCCAGCAGCACCGUUUACCACGCGGGCAGUCAUAGUGGUAACGGUAACUACAGACUCCCGGCCUACUACACGGCCGGUGGCGGCGGCGACAGACCGAAUCUCACCAGUAUUGACGCCGACGCGGCCGCGGCUCCUUCGAGUUUAGGUAAUACCGAAACGACCGCUCACCUGGUCAAGAGACCCUUUUUAAUUGUUGUUCCUAACUCGUCCGAUUACUUCGAAACCACCACUGCCUCCGCGACCAUUACCACGACCCCCAUCACAGAGCUCCCCAUGACAGAGACGGACACCUACCCCACGACCAGCCUGGACGAAACCCUCCCCUCCACCACGACAGUACCCCUCGACGAGGACAGACGGAAUCUGACGGAUCCUUCGUCGACGGCUAGCACCGAGGCUACCGAAGCGGUGGUCAAGAAGCCGUUUUUAAUCGUUGUUCCUAAUUCCUCAGACUAUCACGUUGAAACAACCACGCAAGAUGCGACCACCACCAACCCACCUCCCGACCAAACCACUUACACAGAGUCCACCGAAAGUGCCGACUGGGCCACCACGACGUUUCCCACAGAUACUGUGACUGCUUUUACUGUACACACGUGAAUGAUUUUUAGCUACGGUCGUAGAUCGAGUGUCUACCUCCCAGAUUUAGUGACUGGACGGUAUCCCAGAUUUAGCGACAGGACGGUAUCCCAGAUCCGUACUAUAGUUCGUCGUUCCCCUCACGAGAGAACGUAAUUACAUUUCAAUGUUGCCAAAUUUCCCCUGGCAAAAUUAUUUUUACCAGGAGAAUCUAGAUCUUUUGUAAACAAAAAUUUCACCGAUUAUUCUUCUGAUUUCAUGCGAAAAUCAGAAAAAUUUUCGACAAAAAGUACUACACAAGUGCAUUCUUGUAAAAAAAUAAAUUUUCUGAGUCAACUUUGCAACCUUGGAAUUGAGUUACGUUCCCUCGUACGGGAAACGACGGGUUGCACCCCUGGGUUACCCGUUCUCUCUUCAAAGAUCUACACCACAGGCAGGUAUCGAUUAUUCGAUGGGUAUCGAUGUCUUCCAAGGGGGAAUCAGGAGAAGUGAUGUUGUUGUCCAGGUCUGCUUUGAUCAAUCUCAAAACAACGACAUAACCUCUUUUAAUUCUCCCAAUGAAAAAGAAUUGUUGCCCGUGAUUAAAUACGAGCCCGUGACGUCACGUAGGUCCGAAAUUGUCUGAACUUGAAAUUUCAGUCGAAUGGUGAAGUUAAGUCAUCAUUUGGUCUCGCGUGACUGAUGCUUGUUGUACUGAUGAUAAACACACCUCUUCAUUACGUACAUGCAUGGCACCAAAGAAUUGAUACUUCGCGUCUCUAAUUUUGUUUCUGUUUUUCUGGCGACCCUGGUUUUCUAGAUGCAUUUUUAACUACAAAAAUAAUCUGAAGAAGUGAGGCCAAAGGACAUGUUUUACAGCUUUCCUCUCAAAAACAUAUAUUUGCUUUUAUUACACAGUCUAGUAAUUACAUUUCUAGGCUUCCAAAUUAAGUUUUGCCGCAUGUCCGCUUAGGCCCCGAUAAACUUUUAUUUUUGAACAUGUUUUAUGUUCGAGCAUGUUUGAACUUUUAUUUUUUUAUUAUUUUAGGCUCAUUAGAAGAUGCAGAUAGGUAGAUUUAUUUUACAGGAAAACGUCCAAUUAUUGUGUGAUGAGUUCUUCAAGUGUGUUAGGUAUCGACACGGCUAAUCCAACAGCUUCAAAACCACGAAUCAACUUAAACCUAUCUGAAACCAAGACCAAAUCGGUUUGGCUUAGAAUCAUCUUAUGCCUGAAAAAAAAAAAAAAAAAAAAACUUUAACAGCUUUUCUCGUAGGAGCAACCGAGUUUCUGAUUUUUUACUGUAUGGCUUGCUCUAUUUUAAGUAAGUUUUAUGUAUCCAAUUUCGCGAAAGAAAUAAUUUUGUUGAUAAUUUCGUCGUGUCUCAGGUUAUCGUAAUUACAGUUGUUCUAAAAUUGAUCAAAUUUCGGUCAUGUCGAUCGAACUUAUCAGAGAGCUAACCCAGAUUUGUGGCCCUCUUUUGAGACAGUCCUAAGACUGAUUGGGUUCUUUCUUUCUUUCUGCUUUUAACUUUCCCCGAAAUGAGAGUUUUCCUCUUUCAGUUCAUAUGGAUGAUUGCGAUUUUAUAAAACAGCCAACCGUGGUUCGUUUAGAAUUAGCUAUGAAAGUAUUUCCACGAUUGUAAACGAUCUCCAAAUGUUACUCUGUCUGGGGAAAGCGCGCCUUGAUUUCACACGAACGCAAAAAGCGUGUCAUGGCUCACCUUUCAGAGAACACGAUUCGGCUUCUCUCUCGGUAACUUUUAUGUAUUUAACUGAUUUCAUUUUUAAUAAUUUCAACCCUUAACGCUUGUUCAUAUGUUUCUGAUUCUGCUUAGGUUUCUUAGGUUUAUUUUUUUGUUUUUUGUUGUGCGGAUAUUUGCUUUUGUUAGUAUGUGCUCAAAUUCACCGAGAUUUUAAUGCAAUUUUGUUAAUUUUUUGGUUAUGGUUAUGGUUAUGCUUUAUUAUUCGAUCGCACUAUUUCAGGAGCAAUAAAAUCAUUGCAUUUUUUGCGUUUUAAACCAUGAUUAUGCAAGAAUUAUUAAGACCGUCAAGAUUUCUAGUAUUACAUUUUGAAUUAUUGUCUUAGGAGAGAUUUAUUAAUUACCGUGAAUAAUUUCACACAAAGACACAGCUUGCCUUAGUAUUUGAUUUGAUUUUUUAACUCUUCAAUAUUCCUUUCAAUUCAGGUGAGAAGUAUAGCCUUACCUAUAUUUGUUAGCAUGCUCUAAGGAGCAUACGAUGAUCGAACUUUAUACUUCGAUAUCAAUUCUUUCCAUCAUUGGAUCAGCUUUUAACUUAUUAAAAAAAGAACCCCCCUCGGCCAUAGGAUGACUUUCAAAUUAUCAAUAGGUACAAUAUCUUGAAAUUGUCCUUUUUUUCCUGCA